GUCGUGACAUGGCGAGCACAACUUUGCCUGGCUACCCACCACAUGUUCCACCAACCGGACAAGGCAGUUACCCAACCUCAACUCUUGCAGGAAUGGUGCCUGGGAGUGAAUUCUCAGGCAAUCCUUACAGCCACCCUCAGUACACAACCUACAAUGAGGCUUGGAGGUUCAGCAAUCCUGCAUUACUAAGUUCCCCUUAUUAUUAUAGUGCCACAUCCCGGGGCUCCGCACCUCCCACUGCUGCCGCUGCCUAUGACCGCCACUAACUACCAUGGAAACCACAUGAAACUGCAGGGUGACAGCCUAGGCCUCCAUAUCGUCCCUGUCUGAUGGACAUUCUGCGCCACCUGGAAGAAAACGGCAUCCCUCCCCUCCACCUUCUAUCCCUCAGUAUUUUUUCAGAUGGCAGAAUUUACUGACAUCCCAAGACAGAAAAUGUCAUAUAUCCCUUGCAAACUAGCCAAGCUACUCCACUGGGUAAUGGCAAAACCAAGUUUGUGGCCAGUGGUUCUGCUGUCUUCUGUUGCUAACGCCACUGCAAUAUUUCAGACUCCAUCUUGGUGAAUUCUUCAAUUUCUUCCACAUGAGUCUUCUCUAACUGUAAGAAGAAUGGAGAGUGACUAUGGGCAGUCAGUAGCAGAGGAGAAGGUUACUUAGAAUUCAUUGUCCCCCCUCCCCUUAAAAAUGAUCGUCUAUGAAAAAAGAACUUGGAAUGAUCAACAGUCAAAUUUCCAGAAGCAUGAGGGAAACACACGGCUCAGCCUAACGAAGGGGGAAAAGACGGUGCGUCAUCUGCUGUAUUUCACAAACAUUUCCUUGUGUGGUACCUUCCCUCUCAUUCCUAUCUAGGUUGGUUGAAGUAAUUAGGUCUUGCUUUCUUCUCAUUUGAAGAUUGACCAUUUCCAUCCUAUUUGUCAAAACCUUUACAAAGCGGAAGGUGAACAAGCAAUCACCCCCAUAAAUCAUGUAGAGUCAAGUCCAAAAGAAGGAUGGCGAGAUGUCAACCAACCAUCGAAAUGAAGAACUAUACAAGUGGAUAUAUAACUAUAACUGCUUUUAAUGCUUUGUCCUGAAAAGUCUAUUCAAUGGAGGAGGAAAAUAAAUAAUACCCCAGUUUUCUGAGAAAGUAAAGUCAUGAUAGAGUAAGCUGAAAUACCACCCCAAUUUCAAUGAUAGUCACAUUUUCCUGGGUUUCAUUCUUUUCCUUUUAUGCACGUAGGAAUAUCCAUGUAUGGCAGAGAGGCGAGCGAGUACAUUUUGUGUGCAGCCAUUCUGUACAAUAUACAAAUUUGGCAAAAAUUCAGAAAAAAAAUGAACAUCCAUUCUUGAUGCGAAACGUGCAUUUGAUUAGUUGCCAGCCAAAAUAUAUUGCUUUUUGCUGGGCAAUUUAAUAGUUUGGGCAACUGACAACGAAUCCAAAUAAUUUCAUUUAGAGCAGAGAUGAUUAUUUUGGUUCUCUACCUUUCAGUUUCUGCCAUUCCCAGAGAAAACAUCAGGAUGGAAUUAAAGAAUGACAAAUGAUAUAUUGCAAAAGAAAUAUUGAAAUAGAGAAAAAAAAUUAGAUUUCACUUCUAGAAUGUUAUGCCUUCUCUUCUUAUUGAGAGUAACAAAA